UUAGUCGGAUAGAAAUACGGUGAAUCGGUGACCGCCGUCGCAUUUGACAAUCUCUGAAUCAACGACCCCUUACGUCAGUUGACACUGACUGCUUUGAUUAGUCUUGACCAUUUCCAAUUCGAUAACGCGAUCAAAUUCUGCAAAUUCUAGGGUGAGUUCUUUCAAUUCAAUUAUUCAUUUCAAUCGAAUUCCAAAUUUUAUCAGUAUUCCACAAUUAUUCAUAAGCACCAUACUUGUAAGUUGUAACAUCGGAAUCUAAACAGAAGUAGGGAUUAUUUCUAUAAUCAGAGGUUUGCUGUCUGAUUUCUUGUAAAUCUACAAGAUGUUUGAUUUUACCAAAAUGAAUCCUGGCCAAAUUAUCCUUAUGGGAUGUGCGUGCUGUGUAUUAUUCACACUGCAUUUCACAAUACAACUUCUAUCGCAGCAUCUGUAUUACUGGAAGAACCCCAAGGAGCAGAAGGCUAUUAUAAUCAUUAUCCUCAUGGCUCCCAUAUAUGCUGCGGUCUCUUUUGCGGGUCUGUCGGAUUUUCGUGGCAGCAAGGCAUUUUUCAUGUUUUUGGAAUCAAUCAAGGAAUGUUACGAGGCUUUGGUUAUUGCCAAAUUUAUGGCUUUAAUGUAUAGUUACUUGAAUAUAUCCAUCAGCAAAAAUAUGGUGCCAGAUGAAAUCAAAGGAAGAGAAAUCCACCAUUCAUUUCCAAUGACAUUUUUCCAGCCUCGUACUGUUCGCUUGGAUCACCAUACACUGAAGCUUCUGAAGCUUUGGACAUGGCAAUUUGUCAUCAUUCGCCCGAUAUGCUCCCUGUUAAUGAUAGCUUUACAACUUCUCGGGUGGUACUCAUCUCCCAUCAGCUGGGUUUUCACUAUCGUACUUAAUGUUUCAGUAUCGCUCGCUUUAUAUUCUUUGGUGGUCUUUUACCAUGUUUUUGAUAAGGAACUUGCACCACACAAACCGCUAGCUAAGUUUUUGUGCAUCAAGGGAAUUGUCUUCUUCUGCUUUUGGCAGGGAAUUGUUCUCGAGAUGUUGGCUGCUGUGGGUAUAAUCCGAUCUAGUUAUUCUUGGUUGGAUGUUGAACAUAUCGAGGAAGGGAUUCAGAACAUUUUAGUGUGCUUAGAGAUGGUUGUGUUUUCCGUUCUCCAACAGUACGCGUACAACGUUCAGCCUUACUGCGGAGAUGUUGGUAAAUGGAAAGUGAAGAAGAACGAAUAACCACGAAUUAAGUCAUUACAUGUAACCUCAUAUAGAUCAAUAAACCUCGUAAUGCAUCUCGAUCGAUGUUGAAAGGAUGCAAAGAGGUACUCUAUGUUGAUAACUUGAUAUGUAUAUUGGAUUCUCUUAUGAAUAUGUAUAUUUGUAAACAUCAUCUGCAACUUCAUAUAUAUAAACAACAAAUUAUUCAAAUUAA